AUGCAACCGCUGCAGCAAGACGUCGUUCUAUGGCGCCGCAUCGUGGUGCUUGCCGCCAUGGAGUUGGCGGCCAUGGUGGGGCUCAUGAUCGUUGCCUCUCUUCACGUCCUCCCCGGCAGCCUUCACCGCGGCCUCGUGUUCAGCCUCAUCGGCCUCCUUGUGGCCUUGACCGCCGUCCACAUCAUCGUCUUCUUGCUGUGGCUCUGCCCCUACGGGGCCACCAGGGUCUCCCCCGCCGCUCAAGAUUGA